AAAAACAAUAAAAACAAAAUGGCGUUUGCUCCAAAGAUCAUCACAUGCCUCAUCGUCCUUACGAUUUACAUGGUAUCCCCAACAAAGUCAACCAUCCAGUGUGGGACAGUGACAAGCACACUAGUACAGUGCGUGAAUUACUUGACCAACAGUGGUCCAUUGCCAUCAGAAUGCUGCGUGGGAGUCAAGUCAUUGUAUCAAAUGGCUCAGACCACACCGGACCGCAAACAAGUAUGUGAGUGCCUUAAAGCAACGGGUAAAGAAAUCAAGGGGCUAAAUACUGACCUUGUGGCCUCACUUCCUACCACUUGUGGUGUUUCAGUUCCCUACCCCAUCAGUUUCAGCACUAAUUGUGAUAGUAUAUCGACUGCCGUGUGAAAGAGGCUACUGUCAGAUGUAAAAGUGCCGUGUAAUAUGGACAAAUCAAAGUUGCCAGCUUUUAACCCAAUUAAAUAAAAGUAUUUUGCUGUU